GUAGUGCCUGGGGUCACUGCAAGAGAGCUGGAGCGUCCAUCAGGCACUGUCAGAUUCCAUUGCUGUUGGGCUCAACAACUUCCGCCCUUUUCUCAUACGUCUCAACAGCAACUAUCAAUUUGUAUCCCAAGUUCAUUUCCAAUCAACUUUACCUCGUACUUGAGUAGUCAACCAUCAUCUCCGAUUCCACAACGAGCACCCCGAAACCACGCGAGCAUCUCAUAGCAUCAAAUAAAAUCAACACCGACAAAAACAUACCCAACUCAUAUUCAGUCCAGUUCAAAUUCUCGACGGAGGUUCCCAGGGCAAUCAGACGAGAUGACGACGACACCAGAUACUACCACCACACCCAAAUCCAAACUCAUACAACAACAACAACAACAACCCUUUGAUCCCCUAUCCACCACCCCAGCAACCAACCUCGUUUCUCCCCUCCCACCCGAUCUAGACGCCGAUGUCCUCGUUGUUGGAGGGAGAGAUGUUCGGCAUAUUUUGUAUACUGCUUAUGCCGAAAUUGGGGAGCAUAAAUUGCAAGAAAGUGGCGAGAGCAAGAGGAGGAGGGACAACAGCAGGAGGAGCAGUCUAGGUCUAGGAGAGAGCAGGAGGAGGAAAAUCGAUGUUACGGUGAGUCAUGAGGACAAGUACGUGGUGGCGAGGAAUGUGUUGGUGUUGAGUCUUCUUUUGGGGGUGGAUUUGGAUGGUGCUGGAGCGGGAGGAAAUGGGGAGGGGAGUGGUAAUAUGGAGGUGGAAAAGGAUGCGGAGGAGGCGGGUGCGGAGCAAAUGGAUGUGGAGGAGGGGGCUGAGAAGGAGGCGGAUGUGAAGGAGGGAGAUGAUAAGGACAAGGAUGCGAAAGGAAAGGCUGCAAUGGAAAAGCUCGCCAGGAUAUGGGACAUUUACUACACCCGAUUCCUUCCCGAUCCCGAAACGCGCAACUUACUAGCUUCCCAGGCGGAAAAGUUAUGUCAGGUAUCGAAGACGAUGGAGGACUGGGAGCAAGGACCAUACGGCGGGACGAUACACUUGGUCAACCAAAAGAGCUUGGACGCGGUGAGAGGUGUUUGGGAACAAUACGCCGAAGCAGCAAGGUCAGCACUUCAUACAGAGAAGGUCCGAGAACUUCAUUCAGCUCUUGUCGAGGGGAUGCGGUCAUCGCCCGACGAGCAGCGCCAGAAGUGGGCCUUAGGCUCUUCGGUAGCGCCGUUGACUGUGCUCUUGAAGGAUCAGAUCGGGUUCUACGUUCAAGUGGCGUGGGAGUUUGACCAGAACAUAGCCAACGCAAUGAUGCUGUUUCCCAACCCUACGUUUGCCGCCGGUUUGUUAUCCGAACCGGAUUCCGAGUCCGAGUCCGAAUCGCAAUCCCCGGGCCGCCGUCGUCGUCUCGCUUACCCCUCCAAUGGCGUGCUGGGGUACCAUCUCGCGCUGAUCAAGGCUCCUCUCACCGAGCUCUCCCCGCUGCGCAUUGACAGAGACGGCAACGACUUCAAGGACGGCAUUGACGAGGACCCCAAUGGGCACAUGACAGCCCUCCGCGUAGCGAUGCACCAAUUCACUCAAUGGUCUCUUGCCUUCCGGGAGCUGGCGGCCGCGGAGCAAAAGGGACUGACGAUUCGGUUCGCGGUAGACGGCUGGUUCCCCCUUUGCCAGUCACUCCUUCACCCACCAGCCGCGGCGAAAACCAAGAAACAGUUCGACAUAAUCGACACUACCGACCUCUCUUCGCUUUGGGACCCCUCUGCAGCUGGAGUUCCCGACCCGCCUGGCCUUCUUGGGCUGCUGGUAGCCGCCAAGCGAUUACUCAAAGACCGCGCUUCUUCGACGCUGGUUCUGGACGACGGGGACGGGCUUUCGCUAGUCGAUGAUAAUGUUAACGGCGAUGGCAACAUGGACUCUAAUAAUUCUAGUUCUGCCCAGGCUGAGGCUUCGAUUUUCGCUAACAGCACGACCGGCGCGUUUAUUCUGGGUAUGGCACCGGUGGAAUAUUGGAGUAAUGCUAGUGUCAAGGCGACGGUGGAUGAGUGUCUUUUGGCCGCGAGUAGUCUGUAUGAUGAGGAUCGUGAACAACUUCAAGGGCUUGAUAAGGGCCAGGAGGGUAUGGCUGCGGCUGCGGCUGCUAGGGUGAAGAAGGUGGAGGAACAGGGACUGCACAUUAGUAAUCGGCUUUCUAGGAAACAUUCUAGGUGGCUUGCUCCUGGGCGGCAGCAGCAGCACGGCGGAAAGUGGGGGAAGUCACCGGUCGUCAACGUCGAUGCAAAGGAACUGGCGGAGGCGGCGUGGAGUGUUUAUAAGGAUUCGGUGAUUUACCAGAUCGAGGGUCAGCGGGUGGUGCAUGAGGGGCAAGAUUUGAUUAAGAUAUCCUGGGGUAAGGGUCUGUGGCAGACCUUUAUGGACUUUAUCGGCGUGGUUGGUGGCCAGUUUGAGAUGGAUAGGGAGGAGUUCCGGCAAGCUAUCAUGGAAAAGAUUGGCGGUAAUGUCGUGCAGGAUACCUUGUUGGAAAAAGUGUUGGGGGAGGUGGUGUCUGGGUCGACGACGGCAACUGAGGCGGAAGCGGAUGGCUGCCCCGUGUUUACUGCCAGCUUCGACGUCACUUCGGGUACUCUCACGACCAUCACCGGCCAUUUGGAUUUCAUUACGGGAGAGGACAAGCAAUUACUGGCUGAUAAGACGGUCCCCAUCAGUCUUCGACAGUCUUCUCCGUGGACUAUCGACAUUGUCUUGGGCGCCGGGACACUCGUCAAACCACUCGUCUUCCCGACUCCCGUCCUUAAAGAAGGCAGCAAAACUCGCGUCGCUCGCAAGUCAGGGUACAUUGAAGUGAUCGCGCCCGCGAUCCUCAACCCUCUCGCUGCAAAAGUGCUAGACGAGUACAUUUUCCCUACGGUCCUUCAAACCACCGAGUCAUCGUCAGAGACAAGCCAGCUCGUCCCCACCACCCUCAACGCCCCCACGGUAAACCUCGACUCGCUCCCCAUCCUUUCGAUCUCCGACACCUCUGGACUCUCAUUUCUCGGGCCCUUAGCUUCCUCCAUGUAUUCGCCCCGCGAACUCCACGAGCGUCAAGCCGCUUUGGAAAAGGGUCUGCCUGAAACCAGCUGGGACUCGGCAAGACUGAACCUCAAGGAGUCUCUCCAUACCAUGAUCAAUAUCGCUGCCGGCCUACAAGUGGGACAGUCCGGUCUUUUCGCCCUCUGCCCCGUUUCCGGGUCCGGGUCCAGUUCAUCGUCAUCGGGUGGUAGGCACAUCCUCAUCCUCGUUUCCGCGAUCCGACUCGAUUGCAGCGCUCAGUCUGGUGGCGGGAUAGUUAUCGACGCAGCCGUGCUGCCGCUUACUCACUCUCUCCUUGCCAAAAAGAACAACAAGAACAAUGACGAUGAUGAAGACCUCCAAUCCUUCCUCGUCCUCCUCCGUACCCUCGACUGCGUCGACCUCUCCGUCACCGACGCCGAGCUCGCCCUCUGGAAAUCCAUCCUCCCUUCUUUUGCGGAGCGCUGCCGUACCUGGUCCCAUUCCCCCUCGUCAUGCGAAUACGCCACCACCGGCCAGGUUCCCUUGAGCCUCAAAAAUGGCGACCCCGUCCUCUGUACCUGCGGCACCGGCCAUUUCCCACCCAACUACCUCUCCUUACCCCUCUGGGAGUCCGCCGCCGCGCCGCACGCCACGCGCGUGGCUAUUUCCGCUCCGUAUUGCUCACCUGUCGUGGAAAAGGUGGUGUUUGAUCCGGUUUUGGCGAAAAAGAUUGCCGAGCGCGGGCUGGAGGAGGCACUUCGGAAAAAGGAGGAGAGGUGUAGGUCCUGUGGAAAGGGGGAGGAAGAGCUGGUGGAGGAACGAAAAGCAAACGGGGGGGAGACAGCGGGGAAAACGGCCGAGGUGUUGAGGAAGUGUGCGAGGUGUUUGAAAGUCAAGUAUUGUAGCGCCGAGUGUCAAAGGAGGGAUUGGAAGACGCAUCGGACGGAGUGUGUGGAAAGUGAGGAGCAUCAUCGGUAGGCUUAGUUAGGCCUGGGCCCAUCAGGGAAGGGGAGGGGAGGGGAGGGGAAGAGCGAGACUGAUCAGUUGAAGUUGCUUGUGCUUAUUCAUUAGUUCGUUGUUGAACGUAUGAGUUCGAUAUCUCUAAAGCUUCAUUAGUUUAGCUUGAUAGCUCCAACAACUGAAGCUUUUGUCCC